CUUUUACAAAAUUAACAGAAAAUAGAACCGGACUCCGGCGUAUCAUCAAAAAGAAACCCACAAAAAAACUAAAGUCAACAAAAUGGGCGAUGAAGGCGGCGGCAUGAAACCCGGAGGUGAUCUAAAAUCCUUCCUAAUUGAUUUUAUGAUGGGCGGCGUAUCGGCGGCCAUUGCGAAAACGGCGGUGGCGCCUAUCGAGCGUGUCAAAUUGAUUCUCCAAGUGCAGGAGGUAUCGAAACAAAUUCAAUCGGAUCAGCGCUACAAGGGAAUUAUGGAUUGUUUCGUGCGCAUUCCGCGUGAGCAGGGUUUCGCAUCGCUAUGGCGCGGUAAUUUGGCCAAUGUGAUACGAUACUUUCCAACGCAAGCGCUCAACUUUGCCUUUAAGGAUGUGUACAAGACGGUAUUCUUGGGUGGUGUUGAUAAAAAGAAACAGUUUUGGCGCCAUUUCAUGGGCAAUUUGGCCUCUGGUGGCGCAGCCGGCGCCACUUCUCUGUGCUUUGUCUAUCCACUGGAUUUUGCACGUACGCGAUUGGCUGCUGAUGUAGGCAAGGGAGGCGAGCGCGAAUUUAACGGUUUGAUCGAUUGUCUGCGAAAAGUGGUGAAAUCAGAUGGGAUAAUUGGACUGUAUCGCGGCUUCAUUGUAUCCGUGCAGGGCAUCGUUAUCUAUCGUGCCGCCUACUUUGGAUUCUAUGAUACGUGUCGCGACCAUCUCCCAAAUCCAAAGAACACACCCUUCUACGUCAGUUGGGGCAUUGCUCAGGUGGUUACCACCAUUGCAGGUAUUGCUUCCUAUCCGUUCGAUACAGUGCGUCGUCGCAUGAUGAUGCAGUCGGGUCUCAAGAAAUCGGAAAUGAUCUACAAAAAUACUGCACAUUGUUGGGUGGUGAUUGCCCGACAGGAGGGCAUCGCUGCCUUCUUCAAGGGCGCCUUUUCGAAUAUCAUUCGCGGCACUGGAGGCGCUCUCGUGCUGGCCAUUUACGAUGAGUUCAAGAAAUAUGUGUAGACUCACAGCGGACCCCUCGUCCGCUUCUUAGCCGUCACUCAAUCAACCCAGCCAUAAAAAAUGAAAACCAGAGAAACUAAAAA